AUGCGUUCCCCUCCCCCAUGGCGCGCAGCAGCCUGCGUGGCGCUGCUCGUGUGGGGCGCCCUGCGGCCGUGCCUCGUGUCGCUGCCGUGGUGGAGGAGAUCGAGGUCUUCGGGCGGUCGAAGACUUGCCGCCAGGGCAGGCGAAGGGCUAGUGGAAGUGGAUGCUUCAAGCUUGGCCUUGUGGCUCCUGGAGCAUGGGGAGCAGGUCCACCCUUCCGCGCGCUUGGCCUUCGCGGCCCGGGGCGGCCGGGGAAUCUGGAGCUUGGGCGCCUUGGAGAAGGGCGCGGAGGUGGCGCGGAUCCCUUGGAAGCUCCUGCUCACCCAGGCCUCCGCCAAAAAGGCGCUGGGCGAAGAAGUGGUAUCCCAACUGCAGGAGUAUCCUUGUAUAGCGCUACAGCUGAUCCAUGAGAAAUACAUGCUGUCUUCGAAGUCCUUUUGGCAUGCUUAUCUGGAGAUGCUGCCCUCGAUGGAGGAGAUUGGGGCAUCUUUUACCUGGCCGGAGGAGGACUUAAAGCUACUGGACGGAAGCCUGAUCAAGAAUAUGUCGCGAUUCCUGCGUGAGAAGAUCGAAGAGGAGUACCUCAACAUUGCCAAGAACAUUUUUCCAUCCCGCCAGGAGCGGUUCCCAGCGGAGGUCUUCACCAAGGAGCGCUUCCUUUGGGCUUACGCCGUGCUGUUAAGCCGAUCCUUUCGCUUGCGCUUCGGGAAUGAUGAGGUCAUUGCUUUAGUUCCCUUCAUCGAUUUCAUGAACCACGACCCUGACUCCAAAGCGUAUGUCUCCGGGUCUGCGUCCUUGCCGACUUCGCUCGACGGAUCGCGCCUGGUGCUCUUGAAGACGGAUCGGCCUUACGGAGCUCAGGAGCAAAUCUUCGACUCCUAUGGACGACGCUCGAACGAUGAGCUGCUGUUGCUUUAUGGCUUCUCCUUGCCCCAGAACAUCCACAACUUCGUGGAGAUUUCACUGCUGGAGUUGUGGGCUCAAACUGACUUGGCGCCUUCCAAGAAGAAGUGGCUCAGCCUACAGGGCGUCGAUGUGGAUGAGAUGCAAAGCCUUUGUCUUCCCAGAGGCUACUGGCCACGCGAAACUAUGCUGCUGAUGCGGCUGCUGGUCUUGUCUGCCCGGGACGUGAGCUCCGAGGGCCUCAAGGCCUUCAGCGAUUUGGGACUCGACAAGGCCUUUGACCCUUCAGUGGAGCGGAAGGCGCUCCAAGCGCUGAAAGGCCUUUGCACGGAGCUCCUGGCCGGCUGCCCCGCCGCGCAGCGCCGCGCGGACGCGGAAGCGCGGGCGGCGAUCGAGGCGGAGCCGAGUGGUCUGGGGCCGAAGGAGCGGUAUGCCAUUUGGACACGGUCUGGCGAGGUGACGGUGCUGGAGACCAACCUCCGGCGCAUCGACCGGUUGAUCGAGCAGAUCCCCUUCGUCUUUGAGCUGCAAGAGGCCCGGAGGCGCCUGGCCUUUCCAGGGCUCACCUCGGAGACGAAGCCCAAGGACUUCGACAUCUUUUUCCAGGACGGGCCAUGGAGAAGCUGGGCCAUGCGGCACGCCACCGGGGGCAGCACAUCUUGGCCAAAAGCUCCCGCCACCGCGGCCGCCGGGGCGCCCACUGAUCGCAAAACUCUGAUCCGCCACGACUGCAUCCCCGGGCGUCAGCCGACCGACGAGCGUAGCAACACCUCUGGAGGCUGGGAGGUACGGCCAGACAGCCGGCAGAAUGGCAAGGUGGCCAGCACCACAGGCGAGGUGCGGAACCGGCCUGCACCACCGGUGCCCGCCUCAAGUUGGCGCUCGGUCCUGGGCAUCGCGCCCUCCAAGGACCGAGACGAAGCAAUGGUGCGACGAUGUGCGAAGGGGUGCAACUGCAUUUGGAAUGGAGUUGAGCGACGGCAGACGCUCGAAUUCGUCCUCCAAAGUGGGUGGCUGCGGGGUGUGAAAGAGGCGGCAGAGAAACUCCUGGUGUGGAGACCGGCGGAGAAGGCCUUGAUCACUCCGGCCACGGGGAAACCGCGCCGCGCGCCUGAGCGGCUGGCUUUGCCAGCGGCUCCAAGGAUUUUUGCUCCGCGCCAUGAGAGUUCGAAGUCCAAGGGUCAUUGGUGCAAAAGCCACGAAAUGGCAACUAGUGGACCUCUACACUAUGACUUCAAUGCGGACGAUGGCAAUUGCAAGUACAUUACAUCACUGUGCGACUGUGACUAUGUCGAGGCUGCUGCAGUGGCUGUGCCCGAGUGGGAGGACGACUGGGGUGAAGAGGAGGCCAGCUGGAAGGACCAAUGGCAGGCUUCGAAGUGGCAGGAGGAGCCCGAAGAGUGGCCCCAGGAGCCCGAGGAGUGGCCCCAGGAGGCCCAGGAUUGGUCUCAGCAGCCCCAGGAUUGGUCUCAGGAGCCCCAGGCAGAAGAGUCAGAGCAGUGGAACAAGGAUCCUGAAGAGGAAGUUGAAGAGCAGGCCUUGAAGCUGAAGGAGGGAGGAAGCUUCCGUGCGUCGGAGGACCUCGAAGUGCGUCAGGCACCUGCGUUGAGCAGCAGCCUCUUGUACCAUGUGCAUGCGGGAAACAUGGUCCACGUGCAAGGCCAAGCGACAGUCUUGGUGGAUGGGCUCCGGCGGGUCCCCAUUCGACCCAGGGGUUGGGUCAACGCGGACUUGUUGGAAGCCGUGGCCGGCCCUGAACUUGGAAGCCGUGGCGGGUGA